CCCGCAUCACACCCGUAUUGAAGCGAGAGGCGAUAGCUUGCCAGCUGCGCGUUCUUGCUUGUGUUUUUCGGAUGUCGUAGUAGAAUUGACGUUUCUUUCAUAUUCUUUUGUGUAAAACAAACAAAUAUAACCGUUUUUACAUACGCGUGUGAAAAUUUCCCGAUGACAUUGUUUAAACAUUUUGAAUCAAAACAUAUUACUGUUGUGGACGUUUUCAACCGUACCAGUGUGCAUUACUCGGAUUCCCAGUGUAUUUUGUCUAAGUGAAUAAAACCAAGAGUGGUGCUAUUUUGAGUUCCUGUCAGGUACCGUGGACACCAGUGAUCAGUGAUUGUUGUCGUGGCCGGUUUCCGUUGUGGAAACUUUCAUAACGUGCAUAUUUCUGUGGGUAAUGCUUUCCUAGCGAAUGCGAGCCAAGCCUGCACGCAUUCCUCAGGGAAGCAAGUGCCGGCAAUAAGCAUUUUACGGGAAGCAGGAGGUGUGGGUGGCGGGGCCGGCAGCGGCGGGCUGCUGGCCAUGAACGCCACCCAGGUGCAGUGCGAGCCACACGACUCGGUCGUACUGAUUAAAUAUGAACAUCGAUCAGCGGGCGGCAGCUGGGAGGAGCCAGUGAGCGCGGUCAGGAACGCUCCUUUGAGACGCUCCCAACGGCUCAACUCCACCCUGGACUCAAGAAGCACUGGACAGCUUCGGAAUACGCUGAGCCGCGCUCGUGAGUUGUGCGAGCGAUGGCGUAGUGGAAGCAGCGCGCCUUCGCCGCCCACGCCAGCCCCGGACGACGAAGGCGGAGGGCGGCUGGCGCGAUGGUUCAGCGUACGACGUGGUUCUACACACCAAUAUGACAUGCACACACAUGAGACAGAUAAAAUGCCCAAGUUGCCAGAGCUCGAGGAGGAUAUGUUCUCCUGCGGGGGCGAACUCCGUGGCGGUCGGACACCACCACCUACCCUGGGUCCACCUCCGGAUUCCCUGACACCAGUGCAGCUCCGACGGCGUCACGUGGUAGCCGCUAUUAUACACAGCGAGAAUUCAUAUGUCGCCACACUACAGAGACUCAUAAUUGACUACAAGAAGCCACUAGAGGAAAGCAGUCCAGCGAUUCUAAAUGCGAGCAAAAUACAUACACUCUUUCACCGGCUUCCGGAUAUACUGCAGUGUCAUUUGCACUUUCGCACCGCACUUGCCGACUGUGCGCAGACAUGGGACCGCGAUGAAAAGAUUGGCGAGGUCUUCUUAAACGCGUUCUCGAAGGCAGUAGUGCUUGAUGUAUAUUCGGACUUUAUAAACAACUUCUCCGUCGCAAUGGAGUUGGCCAAAAUGGAGUCCAAGAGGAAAUCUGCUCUGGCUGACUUCUUCAAAGUGAAGCAGAUCAGCGCACACGAUAGACUCUCCUUCUUUGGACUCAUGGUGAAACCGGUGCAGCGGUUUCCGCAGUUCAUCAUGUUUUUACAGGAUCUUCUAAAACACACACCUCCUGGUCAUUUAGACCGUGUAGCACUGCAACGUGCUUUGACGAGGCUUGAAGCGAUGGCCGACGCCCUCAAUGAGAGAAAACGGGAGGCUGAGAGGACGCAGGCCUUCCGCGGUGCCCUUCGUCGUUUGACCCGCGGUGGCGUAGGGGCGGGGGGUGCAGGGGGCGCGGCCAGGUUUGGUGCAGCGCGACUCCUCGCUUCCAGAGCUGAUAAGCGGCAUUUACUACGGCAGGACGAUCUCUUACAACUGGAGUUUAAUCAGUCAGGCACAUUGACCAAAUGCAAGCCGCGUCGCUUGCUUCUGCUAAACGAUCUAGUUGUUUGUGUGUCUGUGGGUGCGGGGGGAGAGGAAACGGAGAGACUCGGCCUCAAAUGGGCGCACCCUGUGCAGGACGUCGAAGUACUCGAUACGGGGACAUCGCCCACGCUCAGUCGUGUACUUGCUCAGGGUAUGAAUCGUAGCGGAAGUCUACGUUCCAACUCCAGUAGCGGCACCACCGCCGGCGACUCGCUCUGCAAUGAGAUGUCGGCGUUGAUGCACGACUACGAGACCGUAUCGAGGAUGGCAGAUCUGGCUGCUUCACUGAAGACGCCGUAUGCUGAAGUGGCUCCAGAAAUGUUUAGGACGCUCUUGCAGAAUAUACAGCAGAGUAUACAGAAAAAAGAUGACGAAAUGGCCUGGGUGGAUUCCUGCUGCCUCCAACUCACAAUCAGAGGUCGCGAAGAGCCAAUCACCUUCAGGGCUAACGAACCAGGGGCGAGACGGGCUUGGGCCACUGAAUUAAGAUUGGCCCAGCUAGCGCAAGCGCGGGCCAACGGCCCAGCUUGGAGGUUGCCGGCCAGUACCACCCCGCCCCAUAAGAUGCCCUUGUAUGUGACAGCUGCGCCUGUUUACUCUUCGAAUUCCCUUACCGAGGUGAAAUGCGGCUGUUUCUACUCGAGCACGGGAUGCAGUAAUGGCGGCACUCGUCGUCGCGCCAGAUCUCUUCUGUGGGUCUGCGCAGGCGGCGGAAGUGACAGCCACGUUUCCGUCUUGAUCCAUCGGGCUGCUACGCUCAAAACGCUCGUUACGCUCGAUCUGCCAGAUAUUAGGGUAUCAUCAAUAGAAUACGCAAAAGGAGUGAGGCAAGUGACCACACUGUGCGGUGACACAGUCUGGCUUGGUACUGAGGACAAAAAAAUCAUCAUCUUCUCGGGUGUCGAACCCGAGAAACAGGAGAAACUGAACGAGGUCCCCACUGUAGCGGCGGUCACGCAGAUCCGCUACCACUGCGACUCAAUGUUCGUUGGUCUUUCAAAUGGAAGAAUAUCAGUCUUCAGAAGGAAUCACGACGACUCAUGGGCGUUGCAAGAACCGAUCGCAAUAGAGCUCGGAGAUCAACCGGUCCACUGCAUUCUACCAGUCGACGGCAUCAUCUACGCGACCUGCGCCAAACGGGUCUUCGCUAUCAACGCCUUGACCGCUGAAAUCAUGCGCAUCAUCGAACUCAAAGGAGAAGGAGACCGCUCAGUCAAGUAUUUGGCACAUUCCGGAGUCGGUCUUUGGGCGGCUUUCUCAGAUUCCACUUACGUCAGCUUAUACCACACGGAGACUCUGGAACAUCUCCAGAAUAUAGACAUAGCCGCCGAUGUGGCCAAAACUAUCGGCGCCAGAGAAGGCAGCAAACCGGCUCAUGUGUCUUCUCUUUUGGCGGUUCAAGGUCUCCUCUGGGUCGGAACCACCGCCGGAGUCAGCGUCACAGUGCCUCUGCCAAAACUAGAAGGUUUACCCUUAAUCGGAGGCCACACCGCGGUCUCCUACCACGCCCACGCCGGCCCAGUUACAUUCCUCCUCGCGCUGAACCCGGAUGCAAAAGACGUCGACGUCAACGUCGUCAGACGCAACCUCUCGAAUGCUCGCGCUCUCGCCGAAACCGUCCACGAGUACAAGGAAGAAGAAGAGAAGCAUAAGCUCGAACGGCGUAUCUCCGAAGAAAUGAGCCCAUAUAGGCCGCAACGCGUCCAAUCCGCUGUGAUAAGAAGGAAGAAACCGGGCGACGUACGCCUAAGCAAAACUCUGCCAAAGUGCGCGAAUCUCAAUGUGUGCGAUGUGUACGGACUUUUCGGGGAUCUAAUGUUUGUGAAGGACUGCGUGGGUGAAGCUGACGUAAGUGGUUCUGGGGGGGAGACGUUGAGACGGAGUGAUCCUGAAUUGGCGGCGAUUCCAUUCCGCGUCAGUACCUUGGACAGACGGCUGAGAAUGAGGGCGGGUAGACCGAGGAGUUUGGACUUGUCCAGCUGGUCCGUUGACUCGCGUGCUUCUAGCCUAUGUACGUCAUCCGGGAGCGAGGAAUCAAUGGCUCUACGGGGUGUGUCUCGAACCAGUUCAGGCGCAUCCGGGGCAGCUAGCUUAGUGCCAUUGGCCGUGUCCACUCCGGACUCGGGGAAGUCGAGCGCCUCCGAACGGUCAAUUUCUAGAAGCGAUUCGGCGAACCCGCCCGAGCUGAGACCGAAGAAGCAGGAGAGGAACGCUGUGAGGAGUUUACGUGGAACGGAUUACAUCGUGGAGAAUAGUAGGAGGUCCAUAGUCACAAUUAUGGGCGGGCGUGGCUAUGUCGACUGGAGGCAAACCGCUGAUGCAGCGGAACGACCUGUUCCGGCGGCUGACCCCAAUCCCAAAGACGCCCAUCUUAUUAUGUGGGAAAUGCGCUUGUAAUAAUGAACACCAUUUAUAAACUUAUAUAGGGUGUUCGAAGAAGACAUUUUGUUAUUUUGAUAAUAACUUGGGUGACGGAUGGAGUCUCUGAUAUGUUGGUGUCAUAUGUAAAUAAAUGCAUGUAUAUAAAUGUAAAUAUGCUGUUAACCGCAUUUCACAGACUGUAACGGCUGGCCUUUUACAUUGAAUUAACCGUUGGAAAGUCAGUGAAGAGAGGAUCUGAAUAUUUUUUAGUUUCUGCGAAUUUUGAGUCUUUCCAUACAUUUGAAAUGAAAUGAAAUAUAUGAAAUGACUCGAAUAAAUUUCUCGGCUCAGGUUUAUAACGCCUUUGCGAUUAGCUUUAAAUUAUUUUUCGUCAUCAUUUAAAUCGAAUUAUUUAAAAUGGACUUGAGAGACAAACCGGUCACAUGAUAUAUCACUUGGGGUCUAUUCUCACGAUUUAAGAAAAAUUUAGACCACACAAAAUUUGAUUUUGUAUACAAUUAAAUUUAAUAUAAUUGAGAAUGAAAUGGGAUUUUUAACACCAUCUGAUAAUACUGCAAAAUUUGAUAUAUAGGGUAAUACAAUCAGGUGGUGCUAAAAUGUACCGCAUUACUUAUAUUUAAAUCCAAAUCGUUGCAACCGCCAUAUUAACAUAGAUUAUUUACUGUUUUACAUAAAUUAAUUACGGCCUUAUUAGAAAACGUGGACUAAAUAUUGGUGUCGGUUGCCAUGGCAACGUUUUUAAAUUGUUACCAUGGCAACGAGCGGUAUCUCCACGUUUUAUAAGGAUUAAGUUACUGUUAUACAGCCCCGGGUUCACUGGCGCUUUAACGGCCUGUUUAUAUAAAUUUAACUAACCGUUUAAGCGUUGGCAAGUUAACGGGCAUUAUUACGAUAUAGUUAACUGUUAAACUUAUUUAAAAUCGUUGAACUGAGCACAAAUUGAUUCGAAAUUCUAUACUGACGUCCGUCUCUUUCGCACUUAGUAAGAGUGAGGGAGACGACUAGUGUCCUAUAACUAGUGGCCUUAUUUUUCAGUGUUAUAGCAUUUGUUUAAGCUAAAUCGCUUUAAGAAUUAGACUGAUUUAAAUUAAGCGUUUAAAUUUAAUAUUUUACGAAAACGAAACGAGUUUUGUGACGAUGAGCGCAAUAUUUAUUAUAUUUGGCACGAUUUUGCCGAUCUAUCAAAAUGUGUGUUUCUUUGAUUCUGUGUAUUUCUCGUACAAAUAUUAUAUACAUUCUGUUAGCGGUUAUGGGAGCGGUCACAUAUUACGUUACGAAAAUGAUGGGGGAAAAUUAAAUUACGCGUUAUUUUUAAUAUAAUUUUCGACUUUAUGGUUUUUUAGACCACCAUGGUAACUUUAAGGUAUAAAGAGUCACUGAGUGGUCACGAAACGUUUUACUAUUGUGUACAGAAAAACGUGACGGCGCGUUACAUGGGGGGGGGGGGCCAAGAAUCUUAAGGUGCGUGACGUAAUAUUUGAACCCUCCUUGUACCGUAAAACUGAAUACUCUUAGUACUCUGAAUAUAAAUCAAUUUUGAAGCAAUUAAUUAUUUGCAACUUGAAAUAACGUGGUACGAAAACAAUCGUAUUGAAGCUACGGGGUAAGCCUGCUGAUUUGUACGCACAACUUUAAAAUAUUUGUAAAAAUGUAUAGGAUGAUAGAAAAUGGAAGAAAAUGCAUUGCAUUUAAAUUAAAAACACUUUAUAUAUCCAUGAAAGCUGUUAGACACGCGACAAUUGGAAUAUUUUUAAUGUUUUUAUUUUAAAUCCCCGAAUCCGUGCCAAACUGUUCUGUUAAUUCGAAUGUAACAUUUAAACAUUGUUCAAAUUUAUGUCACAAAAUAAUUAAGGUGUAAAUAAAUUUAAGUUUAUAUGUAUACACCGG